AUGGACAUCCCCCUCUUCUUCCGCGUGUCUACCAUGGCCGCUCUUUCGACCAGCACACUGCUUCCGCUAGACAAUGUCAUGAGCUUGGAAAUGGGCAAGACUGCGCCGGGCUUUGAUCCGAUUAAUAUUCCUGACGUGGUCCGAUUACGGUCCGAACAAGACUGUGACGAGGCCUUUGAAUUGCUCAUAGCGAUCCUGCGCCAGCCAGAGUUGGGGUUAUAUAUAAAACACAUUGAUAUUCUCAGAGACACGCAAUUUCAUGGAUGGUACAAGCCAACUGCCUACCAGAGAUAUGUCAGCGAAGAGGACGGAUUGUUGCUACGGUUAGCUGUUCGAAAUGCCGGAUGGUACGGUGCAGACGAAGAGUUGAUUCUCAAUAUGCUGCUGCAACGACAAUUCGACCUUGAUUUCUCCAGUGGCUUCCAUUCAUCCCGUGCUCGAGGUGGUCGACAUACUCGCGGCUCACACAUGAUUCAAUCUUUGGCAGCUGUCCUCAUGUCCGUUUGUCCUAACCUAGACUCUCUAAAAAUGCGCCCAAUAGGCCGAUUCAUGAAAGAAGGCUACCCACCGCUACCACUCGAACAAUUCCUAUUACAUUCUACCAGCAUUUUUAAUUCCGUGUUUCUCCAAAGAUUACGGCGCGUCGACUUGCUCCACACCGACGAUGCCCUUGAUAACGACCCAUUAUACUUCAACCAAUACGACCUAUUAUACCAUAUGUCGCUUUUUCACCAAUUACCUUGCAUCCAACACAUUUGCGUUGGCGGGAUGGAAAUCGACCAGAACGGUCGUGAAGAUAUCGCCCCAUUGUCGUCCAAUCUCGAUCACAUCGAGCUGCUUCAUUCUGUUCUACCAACGAUGUUCCUCUGUUCGAUCAUCGCGUCCUCCAAAAUACUCCGACAUUUCACACACUCUGUCGGUGGACGAGCCACUCAAGACACGGGCAAUUGGCACAUGGCAUUUCCCGCGAUCUUCAGGGCGUUACUGGUCCAUCGCGAAUCAUUAGAAUCGCUCAACCUCGACACAGACGCGGACUACUCGGAUGAACUAGAACGAGAAGAAUUCGAAGAAUAUCUCCGCGACGAGACACAGGAAGCAGUCAUCGAUGAGACAGAAGAAGAACGCAAGGCGUUUAUCAAUCAGAAAUCGGUCGUUCAACUCGUCUUUACACAAAUGGGAUGUCUGCGAAAUUUUACAGCGUUGCGAAGACUGAGCAUUGGCGUGCGGUGUCUUUUUCAAAUGGCGAACGGCACCACCAGUGACUUUACCUCCUCCAGCAUACCUCUCGCCGACGUCCUUCCCCCGAAUUUAGAAUCCCUAUCGAUCCGCGGCUACCAACCUGGUAUAAACCCAUACUAUGACACUCAUAUACAUGACCUAUUUCAAAAGUUUGUUGCUGGACAACUCGGCUCAUUGAAAGAAAUACAUGGAAUUAGCGAAUAUAUACCGAAUUCGGCGACGGUGCAUCUUGAUGAUGUUGAGAGCCACCCGGAAUUAGUGUGGAUUGAUCAACGGGACGCCAUUGUAUAG